AUGAAUGAUCCUCAAAUCGGCACAAGUCGAGGAAAUUCCAUGCAACCUAUUCCAUCCCUCAUGGAAGUCGAUUUAUCACCAACCUUGAUGUCGGCAAUUGACGAUCUUUCGAUCGACAACUCGGAAGAUUCUGAUGAGGGGGAAGGGACACAGGUAGAUGAUGACAGUGAGAUGGAUACUUUGGAAAAUGGGGCAUCAAGUUCGAGAAAUAGGUAUGAACGUCCUUAUUUGACUGCCUCGCAUAACAAUGGAUUCGGAAAUUCAACCACGACGCUAUCUCAACCGAUUGCUCCAGUGGAACGCGACACGGUAAUUGUUAGUCAGCCCACCGCAGCAAUGAUCACGAAUUUCCGAUUAAGAAACCCCCUGGAACAAAUGUCACGGGAAGAAAUAUUCAAUUUCAUCACAAACCCUGUUCCGCAAGGUCAGAAGGUUCUCUGCAAGAUAACUCGUAGCAAAGACGGUUUCGGAAAGCUUUACCCUCAAUAUGAACUUUAUAUUGAAGAGACAUCGGAAAAUGGAGAAGAGACCACGUCAUUCCUUCUCUCGGCAAAGAAAAGGAAGAAAAGCAAAAGUUCGCAUUACGUGAUUACGACGGAUAAACCUGGUGCGCCUGUGACAGUCAAGAAUACAGUUGGCAAAGUCAGAUCUAAUUUCCUGGGAACGGCCUUUGUGAUAUAUUCAAAUGGUAAAAACCCUUUCAAGCGCGAGCCUGAAUUAACCGACCACCCCAUUAGGGAGGAGUUAGGUGCAGUCGUUUAUGAUCCCAACAUUCUUGGAUUUAAAGGACCACGAAAAAUGACCGUUCUGUUGAUAGGAAUGACCAGGGCAGGUCAAAGACCCGAAUUCCGUCCGACAAAGGAAUCACAAACGUUAAUUGGGAAAUUUAGGAAUGGUGAUCACCGAGAUAUAUUGGUUCUACACAACAAAUCUCCGCAGUGGAACGAAGAAAUCGCGGUAAUCACCGGAGGUACCGGGGGGAUAGGUUACGAGAUUGCUCGAAAGUUUGCUCGAAAUGGUAUACGCUGUGUUAUACUUGGUCGUAAGAAGGAGAAGAUUGAAGAAUGUCAGGCGAAUCUUAUGAAUAAGGAAGGGAUGAAGGAAUAUCCCGAACACGUAGGAUUCGUUUGUGAUGUUAGAAAUUCUGAAGAGAUUGAAAGGAUCUGUGAGAGUAUUUCAAAACUUGGAAACAUUGGUUAUUUGGUCAACGCCGCAGGUACGGAAGUAGCAGAUGCUGCGAUGUAUCUUGCCAGAGCCCAAUUUGUAACCGGACAGGUUAGUGGUGUUCGGGGUUCGGUA